AUGCAUUUCACAAAGCUCGAUGACUCUCCUAUGUUCCGCAAGCAGAUACUGUGCAUGGAGGAAAAUGCUGAAUCAUUGAGGGAGAGAAGUUUAAGGUUUUACAAAGGAUGCCGAAAAUACACUGAAGGACUUGGGGAAGCAUAUGAUGGGGACAUUGCUUUUGCUAGUGCCCUAGAAACUUUUGGCGGGGGGCAUAAUGAUCCAAUUAGUGUGGCUUUUGGAGGUCCUGUUAUGACUAAAUUUACGAUAGCACUGAGAGAAAUUGGGACAUACAAGGAAGUUCUUCGAUCUCAGGUUGAGCUUAUGCUAAAUGACAGACUCUUACAAUUUGUGAAUAUUGAUUUGCAUGAGGUCAAGGAGGCGCGGAAACGUUUUGACAAGGCUAGCCUUAUUUAUGAUCAGGCUCGCGAGAAAUUUCUCUCAUUGAGAAAAGGCACAAAGAAUGAUGUAGCUUCCACGCUAGAGGAGGAACUUCAUAAUGCAAGGUCUACAUUUGAGCAAGCUCGUUUUAAUCUGGUGACUGCUCUUUCUAAUGUUGAAGCAAAAAAGAGGUUUGAAUUUCUAGAAGCGGUCAGUGGAACAAUGGAUGCACAUCUUCGUUACUUCAAACAGGGUUAUGAGUUGUUGCAUCAAAUGGAGCCAUAUAUUAAUCAGGUCUUGACUUAUGCUCAACAAUCAAGAGAAAGAUCCAACUAUGAACAGGCAGCUCUUAACGAAAGGAUGCAAGAGUACAAAAGACAGGUUGAUCGAGAGAGUAGGUGGUCUUCCAAUGGUUCUAAUGGAUCUCCUAAUGGAGACGGGAUACAAGCCAUUGGUAGAAGUUCACAUAAAAUGAUAGAGGCCGUUAUGCAGUCUGCUGCAAAGGGAAAGGUUCAAACCAUUAGGCAAGGUUAUCUCUCAAAACGUUCCUCGAACUUGAGGGGUGACUGGAAAAGAAGGUUUUUUGUUCUUGAUAGCCGAGGAAUGCUGUAUUACUAUCGAAAACAAUGCAGUAAACCAUCUGGGUCUGGUAGCCAACUUUCUGGUCAGAGGAAUAGUUCUGAGCUUGGUUCUGGACUUCUGAGUCGGUGGCUUUCUUCUCAUUAUCAUGGUGGAGUGCACGAUGAGAAAUCUGUUGCUCAUCACACAGUGAAUCUGCUUACAUCAACUAUCAAAGUUGAUGCUGACCAGUCAGAUCUGAGGUUUUGUUUCAGGAUCAUUUCACCGACAAAGAACUAUACUUUGCAGGCAGAGAGUGCACUUGAUCAAAUGGAUUGGAUUGAGAAGAUAACAGGGGUUAUUGCUUCAUUACUUAGCUCUCAGGCUCCUGAGAGGUUUCUGCCUGCUAGUCCCAUGGGAAGCCAUCGUCGUUCAGCCAGUGAGAGUAGUUCAUUUGAGAGUUCUGAUUUUGAUCACACUGGAGUCGAAGAACUUGCAUCUGAGAGGAGUCUUCCUACUGCACAUUCUGACCGCCCAUUUAGAAGCUCACAACAACAACGGUCUUCUUUAAAAAGCGAAAAGACAAUCGACAUGCUACGACGAGUAUGUGGGAAUGAUAAGUGUGCUGAUUGUGGUGCCCCAGAGCCAGAUUGGGCAUCAUUAAAUCUUGGUGUUCUCGUUUGCAUAGAAUGUUCUGGUGUUCAUCGUAAUCUUGGUGUACAUAUCUCAAAGGUAAGGUCUCUUACACUGGAUGUCAAAGCGUGGGAGCCUUCUGUUAUAAAUUUGUUUCAGUCUUUGGGUAAUGCCUUUGCCAACUCGGUCUGGGAGGAACUUUUGCAAUCAAGAAAUGCGUUUCAGGUUGAUCUUACAUCCACAGGGUCAUACAAGUCUGAUAAAAAGCAGCUAGUUUUUAUCAACAAACCCAGUCAGAGUGAUUCUAUACCAGUAAAGGAGAAAUUCAUUCAUGCAAAGUAUGCAGAAAAGCUUUUUGUUCGGAAGCCAAAAGAUGCACAAUAUACUCAUUUGAUAGCACAACAGAUUUGGGAGGGUGUUCGUGCUAAUGACAAGAAAGCUGUAUAUCGUCACAUAGUUAAUUCUGAACCAGAUUUGAAUGCGGUGUAUGAGCAAGCAUCAUGUGCCUCUUCAUUAACCCUUGCCAAAGUAAUGCUGAUGCAUGAGCAGACUGGCCAUGACCAAACCCCUAGCUGCUUAGCUGGGGAUUCAUUGGACAGGUCGUCUCCUAGCUCUUCAAACUUGAGUGGUACAAGUGAAGGCCAUGCUGUGGAAGAUCUAGAUGGGUGCACUCUUCUUCACCUUGCUUGUGAAACUGCAGACAUUGGAAUGCUUGAACUCCUCUUACAGUAUGGAGCAAAUGUGAAUGCGACUGAUUCAAGAGGUCAAACCCCACUUGACCGUUGUAUUCUCAGAGGCAGAAACACAUUCGCAAAGUUGCUUCUUUCAAGGGGAGCUGAUCCACGAGCAUUAAAUGGGGAUGGUAAAACACCCCUUGAGCUGGCAGUCGAGUCAAACUUUGAUGAUGGUGAGGUCCUUGCUAUAUUAUCGGAAUCCAAUGGAUGA